AUGUCAUUUGAUUUGAACGACGACUUGUGCGAACUCAUACUGUCCUACCUGUCCAUUGAGGACAGGGUUAGGUUGGAGUGUGUGAGCAAACAAUGGCAUCAAUUAAUAUACCGAAGUGUCCACAAGUUUUCAUUACCGCUGCCGAGAGGAUCAAUUCCUAUCACAUCUCAUCAAAUAUCAGCCCAUAUAUGGAAGGCUCAGGAAUAUUAG